UUGCCACCACAUGUUUUUGCCAUUAUCAUUUCUGACACAGAAGGUGUUAUUUGGAUUUUAAUAUGGUUUUCAUUUUGCUAAUAUUAAUAACAACUACACAUAUUGUUACAGGAUGGAACCGUUAUUACCAUAGCAAUUAUUAUUACUACAACUAUGGUACUACUGAAAUGUCAACAGGAUCCACAACAGAAGAUACUAGUGUUAGUACGGUUACUAUGAAUCCCUUUACGGACGGUACAUUUACUACUGAAAUGACAACAGGACCCACAACAGAAGAUACUAGUGUUAGUACGGUUACUAUGAAUCCCUCUUCUAUUGGUAUUACUAAUAGCUAUACAUCACCAGUACCUGGUCGGCCGGGCAGACCAAUUGGAUGUGGGAAGAAAGGAGAUAUAGUAUUUGUACUAGAUUCCUCUGGCAGUGUAGGAUCAUCAAACUGGAAAAUUAUGCUGAAGUUUGUGCAAGAUGUCAUCAAUAUUUUUACUAUUGGUAAAAAUGAUGUUCAGGUUGGGGUUGAUAUCUAUGCUAAUUUUGCCUUUACACGCAUAAGGCUUAACUCUUACCAAUCAAAGACACAAUUGAUGGAUGCUGUGAAACGUAUUUCCUUUACUAAUGGUGGGACAGCUACAAACCGGGCGAUAGAUCAUUUGAUUAGCAGCAGUUUUUCGCAGUCACAUGGUAGCCGGUCAGGUGUUCCAAAGAUUGGCAUCAUAUUAACAGAUGGCAGAUCGAAUUCUCAAUUUUCAACAAUAGCUGCUGCCAACGCCGCCAGAAAGAAGGGGAUCGAGUUGUUUGCUAUUGGAAUAGGUAGUAGCGUCAAUACUGUAGAACUGAAAGGAGUAGCAAAUGAUCCAGACAGUAUUUUUUACUUCAGUGUCCACGAUUUCAAAGCGUUGCAAUCAAUUGAGAGCAGAUUAGCCUCAGAAACAUGUCAGAAUCUUGAACCGAUAACUGGUUGCAAGGCUGGUGCUGAUAUAAUAUUCCUUGUUGAUAAUUCUGGAAGUGUUGGUUCAAGUAACUUCAAUACAACUUUGACGUUUAUUUCCGAUAUUGUUGACGGUCUAAAGAUUGGCAUAAAAAAAGACAAAUUCCAGGUGGGCGUGCUAACUUUUCAUACUCCAGUGAAGGCAGAAUUUAAUCUUGACGAAUAUCAGGAUAAACAAGACGUAAAGAAUGCUAUUAUGGAAAUCAGAUACGAAGGGGGUGGUACAAAUACAGGAGGAGCUAUUAAAUAUUUACACACAACAGCCUUCGCGAGAGCUUCAGGUCAUAGACCUGGAUAUCCAAUGAUUGGGAUAUUAAUAACAGAUGGGUAUUCAUCAAACAAGGCAGAAACUCGAAAAGAAGCAAUGAACGCGCGAUUGAAGGGUAUCAAAAUGUUUUCCAUUGGAAUUGGUAAUGCCAUGGACACGACGGAACUUGAAAGUGUUGCUAGCGAACCAAAAAGUCAGUUUGUUUUUACUGCUGCCAGUUUUAAAUUAUUGAAAUCUAUUGAAUCAUUAUUGCUGAGUAAGACAUGCGAAGUUGCUGAUAUCACUUGUUGGGGAAAAACAGACGUUGUUUUUCUACUUGAGGAUUCAUGUCAUAUCGGAGAGACGAAUUUCAAUAAAAUGUUACAAAUGGUUGAAAACCUUGUGCAAGAAAUUCCCAUUGGUAACGGAAAUAUACAGAUUGGUGUCAAUACAUUCAAAUGUACUGCUAAAACUGAAUUUGUGCUUGGAAAAUACAAAACUGGAAAGGAUAUCAUCAAAGCUGUCCAGAGAAUUAAGUACACAGGUGGAAAAGUGUCUAUUGGCAAGGCUAUUGAAUAUACAAGAAAGAACAGUUUUCCAGAAAAUCGCAGUAAAGCGAAGAAAUUGAUGAUUAUUCUUACAAACGGAUCUGACAAGGCACUAUCAAAAACACUAGGAGAAGCUCAAAAAGCAAGAAACAGUAACAUUAAGAUGAUGGUAAUAGGAAUCGGUGAUUAUACCCAUCAGGAUUGUCUCCAGGGAAUGGCAACAGUACCUCAUGAUAAAUACAUAUUCUCCCAAGACAGUUUUGAUCCUCUAAGAAACAUGAGGGAUGUUUUAAUACAAAGAAAAUGCUCUGCAUAACUUCUAUUGUAAGAGUUGAAAUGGAUGGUUCGACCUAUGUUAUCAGAAACAAUAAAAUAUUCACGCUUUAAAAAUUAAAAGUGCAUUUUGAAAUUUAAA